AUGUCGCUUCAAGUAAACGACUCCCGGUCGCGCACCCGGUCUAAAUCACCAGGUCGUCGCGAACGCUCCAGAUCUCGCGAUAGCCGCUCUGCAUCUGACCUGAACUUAUCUGUGGAUACAUCGCGACCACGCUCGCGCUCCCCCGCAGUUGAAAAGUCCAGUUCUAGUCGCAAUUAUGAUCUGGACGAGGCGGAGAUUGAUCGCCAGUACAAAUUGAUGAAGGAGAGUCAGGAGCGGGUGCUAGAGCGAGAGCGGGAUGCGAGUAGGGCACCCCGGAGUCCUGCGCGGUAUGAGCGCGAUGUGCGCCGCGAUGAUUCCGAUGAUAGUGCCAGAAGGCGCGAGCGACGUCGGCGCGAGGAGAAGGAGAAGGAGAAGGAGAAGCAGGAACUGGAGAAGAAGCGCGAUCGCUACGAGCACUCUGACGAUGAUCGCGAUAUGAGAGUCGUUCAGCCACGCGAGUACGCUCGCUCUCCGCACCCUUCGCCCCCGUUACCGAGUCGUAAUGGUCAUGGGCGGAAUAGGAACAGGCGAGACGAGGAGAGCGAAAGCGAGAGCUCUGACGACUCUGUUGAUGAUGAUCUCGCGUACGGUGAUGUACCCGGUAGUCAUCCUAGCUAUGCACGACCGGGAAGAUUCCGCUACGCGGAGCAGAAGGGGAUGUUUUCUGCGCCGCCGCUGCCUCAGCGCCCGAGUACGAAGACGGAUUGGGCGGCUGUGCCUGAAUGUGAGCGGCCUGGCUUUGUGCCACCUACAUCGCAGGCUGGGAUGCCUGGGGCGUUUCCUUCGUCGGGGUAUGAUGUGCCUAGCACGAUGGCGCCGAGUUUUCCGGCGCCGCAGUAUGGGAAUUCGUCGCAGCUGCAGGGUUAUGCGUCGACUGGGGCUUUUACACCUUCGCAUUAUCGGACGGCUUCGGCGAGCGAUGUUGGUCAUCCGCAGGGAUAUGCUCAGCCGACUCCGUAUCAGUAUGCGCAGGUUGAUCCUAAUGUGCGGUAUACGUCUAAGGCUGCGCCGAAGCCGAUGUAUACGGCUUCAUCGGAGGCGCAGUUUUCUACAAUGGCUGCAGCUGGUUACCCUCGAGGACCUCAGCCUCCUAUUGCCCCCGCGCAACCUGACCAGCCGGUAUACUCCUACAAGUAUCCUAGCUAUGAGCCUCAAAUCUCGGAGAAGCAACCACCGCCGCCCUCGCCUAGAGCCGCUCCGCAAAAGCAAUAUAUGGAGAUAACGCCUGGUGGGGGACGGACUCGGCCGCAUAGUUUGUCUGUGUCGUCGGCCAAUAACCUCGCUGUUGCUGGGGCUGCUAUGUCUGGACAUCACCCGCCUGCUAGUCCUUUACUUGAGCCGUAUCGUGGUACCUACCAGUCAAUGUCGCCUAUGCCUUCUCCCAUCGUCAUUCCCUCUGUGCGUGACGACGAUAUCUCCGACUUGGAACCACUAGAUGGCGAGACCUCCAGCUCUGAAACCCGCCGACGAAGAACACACACCCGCACAAAGUCCUCUAUUAGCGAGAAAGAGCGCGAAUACGAGCGAGACAGCCGACACCGAAGCAGCAAAGAAAAGAUACGCGAAUCCGACCGCAAAGACGAAAAGGAAAAAGAAAAGCGACGCAGCCGCCCAACAACCCACGACCAUGACUCCCUAACAGCAGGUGACUCCUCCCUCGUAAUCCGAUCCCCCAGCAGCGCCGGCCGAAAAAGAGUGUCCUUCUACGAUGCCAGCACCGACGCCGAGGCCAUGCAAUCCGCCCUUAACCACACCCGCAACAUUGACAGCAAAAUCAUCAUCCAAACCCUCCCCCGCCUAACAGGCGACGAGAUCCUCCUCCUCCGCCAAGAAUACAAAACCCGCGUCAAAGUCCAUGGCAAAGGCAUAAACCUAGCCAAACACCUCCGCCUCAAACUAGGAACAUCCUCCUUCGGAAAAGUAGCCUACGCCACAGCCCUUGGCCGCUGGGAAUCAGAAGCAUACUGGGCAAAUUGCUACUACCAAGCCGGAACCUCACGACGCGAACUCCUAAUCGAAUCCCUAAUGGGUCGCUCGAACGCCGCUAUCCGUGAGAUCAAAGCCUGCUUCCGAGAUACCCGCUACGAGAAUAGUCUAGAGCGCUGUAUGCGCUCCGAGUUGAAAGCGGAUAAAUUCCGUGUUGCCGUCUUACUUGCACUGGAAGAAAGGCGUCAGGAUGAUCGCGAACCAUUAGAUUCUAGACUCGUCAGGCAGGAUGUUUCGGAUUUACAUCAUGCACUUGUUUUGCGGGACGGAGGCGAGACUGCCAUGAUCCAGAUUAUCGUGUUACGAAGUGAUUCGCAUCUUCGAGAAAUCCUACACGCCUACGAAGCUAUCUAUGGUCAGAAUUUUGCUCGUGCAAUGAUUUCUAAGUCCCGGAACCUGGUUGGCGAAACACUAGCUCACAUCCUUAACGGAGCCAUUAACCGUCCCAUGCGCGACGCCCUCCUCCUCCACCAAGCACUAAGGGAAUCGAAAUCCGGCCGCGAGCGCUCCGAGCUCCUGAUCUCACGACUUGUGCGGUUACACUGGGAACCGCGACACUUUGAGCAGGUGAAGAUUGAUUAUCGGAGACGGUACGGCGAGCGAAUUGAGGAGGCGAUUGCGGAGGAGAUCUUGACAUCGAGUAAUGGGGGUGAAUGGGGGGAGUUUUGUAUUGAGCUUGUGCAUAGUUCUGUUGCUUAG